AUGGAUCAACCGAAUGCAGAAACAAUUUUAAACGAGGAAGAUCAAUCAAAUAUACAAAAGUUUUUUAAUAAAUCGAAUAUAUUGAUUACGGGUGGAACUGGAUUUUUAGGAAAGAUUUUAAUAAACAAGUUACUCACGUCGUGCCCUAAUUUAACUACAAUUUAUUUGCUUGUGCGUAGUAAAAAUAACAAAAGUGUAGAUACUCGAGUGGAUGAAAUGUUUGCGGAUCCGAUGUUUGAAAUACUUAAAACACUUUCUACAAAAUAUACCUUUUACGUAAAAGGAAUUGCAGGCGAUUGUUUGAAACCUGGCUUGGGAUUAAACGUUAAUGAUCGCAAUUUAUUAAUAGACAAUGUCGACAUUGUGUUUCACAUGGCUGCGACCGUCCGAUUUGAUGAGAAACUAAAAACAGCUCUUAAAAUAAAUGUUCAUGGUGCAUAUGAUAUAAUGAAGCUUUGCAAAGAAAUGAAAAAUCUUAAAAGUGUUGUCCACGUAUCCACGGCAUAUACACAUUGUCCUCGAAAAACGAUUGACGAAAAGUUAUAUUCGACACAUAAUAAUGCUAAAGGUCUAAUGAUAAUGGCUGAGUAUAUGCCCGAGAAGCUCUUGGACCACGUAACCCCCAUCCUACUGGGGAAAUGGCCAAAUACGUAUACCUUUACAAAAGCCGUGGCUGAGGACGUUGUUCAAAUUUACAGCGAGCAACUCCCCGUUGGCGUAUUUCGUCCUGGCAUUGUAAUAUCCACUUAUCGAGAACCAGUGAGUGGCUGGAUAGACAACUUUUAUGGGCCAACUGGAGCAAUAGCUGGGGCAGGCACAGGGUUGUUACGCACAUUACGCUGCAACCCAAAGGCCAUAGCAAACAUGGUUCCAGUUGACUUAUGUGUAAACAGUAUGAUAGCUGCUUCCUGGGAUAUAUAUGAAAGACACAAAAAAGCUUCGGCAGACAUCCCUGUCUACAACUUUUGCACACCCAAUGACAACCAGCUAACUUGGGGUGAAUUUACAACAAAGACUACAAAAUAUGGACUAAUGUACCCAACAUCAAAAGCAGUUUGGUAUCUAUGUUAUUCGAAUAGCACUAACAAGGCAACCCAUAUGCUGUCUAUAUGUUUUCUCCAUUAUUUACCUGCACUUAUCAUUGACAUUAUUUGCUUGUGCAUUGGAAAGAAACCAAGGCUACUCAACACUUAUAAAAAGAUACAUAAGUUCAUGAAUGUGAUUUCAUAUUUCUCAACGCGUGAUUGGGACUUUCGUAUUAAUAAUAUUCAAAGCCUUUGGAGUCGAAUGUCGAAUGUUGAUAAGGACGAAUUCUUUUUUGAUAUGCAACAAUUAGAUUGGGAUUUUUUUCUUCAGCAAUAUUUUCGUGGAAUACGCAAAUAUUUGUUAAAGGAUCCAUUGGAAACUAUGCCCAAAGCAUUAGUUAAAUGGAAUCGAUUGUAUUGGCAGCAUCAAAUCCUUAAAGCUAUCGUUUACAUCAUUCUAAUGAUUUUAAUCUGGAUUUUCUUUAAGAACGUAUAUUAA